AUGAAAGAGAUUUUAGAGGACCACGAGGAUUCAGAAAGCGAGGAAGAUUUGGAAGACGAGGAGGAUCUGGAGAAUUUGGAGGACCAGGAGGUGAAGAAGGUUUCGGACAACCAGGAAGUGAGAGAGAUUUCAGAGGACCGCGAGGAUCCAGAAAGCAAGGAGGAUUUGGAGGAUUCGGACGACCAGGAGGAAUUCAAAGAGGUGAUGGAGAUUCCGUGCGAAUGUUUGGAUUUGGACAAGAAAGCACCUUUGAACCAAUUCAGCAGGAAUCUCAGGAGAAUACGAGUGAUGCGAAGAGAGGAAGGUAAAGAUGGUAAACUCAGCGAACAAGACAAUUCCUGA